GUCAAUCUUACCCUUUUAACCGGUGAACUUAACAUAUGACACUGCGUGAUGUGGUGUGGUGGUGGUGGUACUCAUGGUGGUGCAACGUGGAGCGCUGAAGUAUUAGAUAUGGUGUGCCGUGGCGGUGUGGAAUGGUGCUGAUGUGUAGCGUGGUGACUCUAUGUGCCUUGGUACUAUGUAUGGUGUGGUGGUGUACGUGUAAAUGCUUGAUACGGUGUGACGUCGUUCAUGUGAUGUGAAAUGGUAAAAUGGUGUGAUUCGGCAAUAUGAGGUUGUAUGACGUAGCUUUGGGUAUACACUCGUGUUACAUAGAGCUAUACCGUAACAGGUACGAGUCAAUGGCGUCCUUGCCGUGUGGAGUUAUUUUUACACCCGAACAUGAAAGUCCUCUGGGUGGUCUAGCUCCGACACGAAAACCUUUGUUGCGCAAACGAGACCCUUUUGUGUACGUGACAGUCUUUUCACCGCAUCAGCACCAUCAUCACAUACAUUACGUAAAGUAGAAACACCACUAGAACCACCCCUACCACAAAUAACGACAUUUGAGGACUUAAUUUUCCAUACCCUUCACUUUUUCUUUUUGAACAACUAAAAUGGUUUUACUUUAUGUAAAAUUCAAGUGUCACACUCUUUGGCUGGAUGGUAGAGAGUUUAAUAAAGAACACUCAGGAAUUUUGGAGGGAGUUCAUCCAACUAUACAGAGAUUUUCCUGUAUUGUGGAAAGUAAAAAGUGACGAGUUCAAGAACAGAAGCUUAAAAAGUGAAUGCUACGCGAAAUUAAUUGACAAAAUAAGAGAAAUUGACCUAAAUGCCCCUCGUUCCACAGUAGCCAAGAAAAUAAAUAGUUUACGUUCCAGCUAUCGACGGGAACUGAAGGUGAUGAAUAGUGUGAAGUUAGGUGCUGGGUUGGAUGAUAUUUACAAACCUUCACUGUGGUUCUUCGAUGAUUUCUGUAAUCUGCAGGAGCAGAGAGAAGCAAUUCAUGUAGGAAGUUUUCAUGUGUGAAUUUAUUUCUUUUUUAAGCCAUUCUUUCAUCCACACCUUUCUUUUCACAAUUCCCUUUUCUUUUUCAUCGUCUAAAGGCAGAAGAAUGGCUAUGCAUGCAGGCGCUUUACUCAUCUUCACUCCACAACUUCCAAAAGAAAAAACAAGACCGUCAAGCAGUGAUGCGAGUGUGGGGUGUGAGUAUGGCAUGGACGAGACGCGAAGGAGUGUCCCUGGCAGCAGUAGGGGCGGUGAUAGUGCCGAUGGUGGCGUCCCUCGUCACCUAUACCUUCGUCUCGCUACCCGGGGAAGCCAUCGCCUUGGACCAGACGGGCUCCCUCGUGGUGCUCCUGGUGCUACUCAAGAUCUUCGUUCUUGGCAUUUCUGGUCACUUGCCGUUUGAUCUGAACAAGCUGUGGAGUCAUCACGGACGACGCGAGAAGAGGACACUCCCUUACUUGCUGCAGGAGAGCCUGGAGGAAGACCUGCCCUGCACAGUGAGGAUCCUGUGUGAACUCGAGACAGCCGCGAGGACAUCGAGCGAGGAUGAACUUCCAGAUGUCUCUACGCUUCAUCACGGAGAGGUGGAUACACGAGGCCAGACAACUGGUGACGGAGACAGAGUGGACGGAACACUGCUGGAGGUAGAUCACGUGGUGGACUUCCACGAGGAAGCUGUCGCUGCGCUAUUCCAAGAGGACGCGCGUGGUACUGCAGUUCUUUCUCUCCUUGCGGGACUCACUGGACCUGGUCUUUGUGAAGCCGCCUACGCCCACUGCCCUGGCUCCCUUACAGCCCGGCAAGCAAUGGGGGUGUUGUUCAAUGAGCUGCACAUUGCCCCCGCUACGCCCAUGGACCUUACCACCACCACAGCUUCGACGCAACCGGCCACACCACACCCAAACUUGGGACACGCAAGGAUGAGAAGAAAUCAAACGCUCAGCGCCAUUACACCUGCAUAGCAAUACAGCAACACAUAUCAACACUACAAAGGCUAAUCCUCAAUACAGAAAAUAUAACUUUCAACGCAACAUCAUCUGACUUUUCAAAGAGUAGCGCAAGCUGCAACAAAGUAUCAAUCAAGAAACAACAUACUCUUAACUCAACAGCAUGAUCUUUAAAAGUUAAACACCAACAUCUGGUUCCCAACAACGGCAACACUGGAUAAAAAGAAGUACACUACGAUUAACGCCUUUCAACACAGCAACUUGAAUCCUAGCAACACAUGGGUUUCAAACCGUGUAUUGAGAUCUAUAGCAGCUACAAUAAACUCUACAUAGCAAUGCUGUACUUAUGAUAUAGUAGCUCAUGACUUUCUGAAUUUCAACACUGCAAUAUAUAAUUUUAAAUACAGCAACACCUGAUUCAUCACACAAACACCUGAAUCAACACAUCAACACCUGAUUCAACAAAGAAGCACCUAACUCUCAAUAUAUCAAAAAAUAAAUAUCAACAGCAACAGCAACAUUUGACUCUCAACACAACAAAACCUGACUCUCAAUUGAGUAACACCAGACUCAACAAAGCAACACCUGACUCAACACAGUAAUACCUGACUCAACAAUGUAACAAUGGACUUAAAAAAGCAGCCCCUGAAUCUCAACACAGCUCCCGCUGAAUCUACACAACGACACCUGGAAAAAAUUUGUAAUAUGUAAAGCAUAAAAUCAAUAAUAAUAAUAACAAUAAUAAUGAUAAGAAGUAUAAUGAUAAUAAUAAUAAUAAUAACAAUAUCAAUAAUAAUAUUAAUAAUAAUAAUAAUAAUAAUAAUAAUAAUAAUAAUAAUAAUAGUAAUGAUAAUAAUAGUGUCAGCAAUUGGAUGUAUGAAGAAAAUUACAGCAACAUACAUAAUUUAUCUGAUGCAAUGACACGACUUUAUUUUAACAUUCACUUUUAGUAGCCGUAAUAAUAAAGUUGUUAUAUCUUAUUUGUUACUGUUAGUAGUAAGUAAAGUUUACAUGCACUA